ACUGAGCGAGCCCCUCACAGCACAUCAUGGCAGCGGAGGAUGCGGCCACGGGAGCUCCGCUCUCCGCCUCCCGGCUGCUGCUGCUCUCCGUGUCCCUGCUCUCGCUGCUCCCCGCCCCGGCGCUCUCCCUGCUCGGGUUCCGUCCGGAGGAGACCGGGGCGGAGCUGUCCGUGCAGGACGGGGUGCUGAAAACCACCGAGGGGAGCCGCUUCAUGCUGCGGGUUUACUACUCCACAUCCCCGCAGAGGCUCAACCGCACCGCGGGGACUCGAGCCAACAACGCCGCGCCCUGGAUCGCCUUCAUCGAGGAGCCGAGUCCCGGGAGAGAGGGCCAAGUUCACCCGAAGAGGAACAUGUGCAUGGACAAGAACGCCAGGACGUCCGACAUCGAGGUGCUGGGAUCUUUUAAGUCUGCUUCCAGUCAGAACUCGGUCCUAGUGGAGCUGCUGGCCAAAGACCUGCGGAGAGGAGAGAAGAUCAAGUACUACUCCAUGUGCGCCUUCGACGGAUCCAAAUGGGAGCACUACCGGACCCGGGACUUCUGGGUGGCGGUGGCGGAGCGGUCUGCUGUCCCGGAGCUGUGGCUGCAGGUCCUGGUUUCAGUCCUGCUGCUGGGGCUCUCAGCUCUGUUCAGUGGGCUCAACCUCAGCCUGCUGGCCCUGGACCCGGUGGAGCUGCAGGUUCUGCAGAACAGCGGCACCGACAAGGAGCAGAACUACGCACGGAAGAUCGAGUCGGUGCGUCGUCAUGGAAACUACGUCCUGUGCACUCUCCUGCUCGGCACCGCCAUCAUCAACGCCUCCCUGGCCGUGUGGAUGUGUCAGAUCCUGGGCAUGACCUGGCUCUCUACGGUCAUCUGUGCUUUUGGGAUCUUCUUCAUCGGCGAGAUUCUUCCUCACUCGGUGGCGUCCCGUCACGGAUUGGCCAUCGCCUCAAAAACCAUCUGGGUGACCCGUCUCCUCAUGGUGCUCUCCUUCCCCAUCUCCUACCCCAUCAGCAAACUCCUGGACCUCAUCCUCAACCAGGAGAUCUCUAACUUCUACACGCGGGAGAAGCUGCUGGAGAUGCUGCGUGUCACAGACCCCUACCACGACCUGGUGAAGGAGGAGCUCAACAUCAUCCAGGGGGCGCUGGAGCUGCGCACCAAGACCGUGGAGGACGUCCUGACACCGCUCACGGACUGCUUCAUGCUGGCCUCAGAUGUAGUCCUGGACUUUAACACCAUGUCUGACAUCAUGCAGAGCGGCUACACCAGGAUCCCCGUGUUUGAGAACGAGAGGUCCAACAUUGUGGACAUCCUGUUCGUGAAGGAUCUGGCCUUCGUUGACCCAGACGACUGCACCCCUCUGAAGACCAUCACCCAGUUCUACAAACACCCACUGCACUGCGUGUUCAACGACACCAAACUGGACGCCAUGCUGGAGGAGUUCAAGAAAGGUAAAUCUCACCUGGCCAUCGUGCAGCGAGUGAACAACGAGGGAGAAGGCGACCCGUUCUACGAGGUGAUGGGCAUCGUCACGCUGGAGGACGUCAUCGAGGAGAUCAUCAAAUCAGAGAUCCUGGAUGAGACCGACCUCUACACUGAUAAUCGCACAAAGCGGCGUGUUUCUCACCACGAAAGGAAGCAGCAGGACUUCUCCAUCUUUAAACUGUCAGAGAACGAGAUGAAGGUGAAGAUUUCUCCUCAGCUCCUCCUGGCGACGCACCGCUUCCUCUCCACAGAGGUGGAGCCCUUCAAACCGGCUCAUAUCUCAGAGAAGAUCCUGCUCAGGCUCAUCAAACACCCCAGCGUCGUUCAGGAACUCAAGUUUGACGAGAAGAACAAGCGAGCGCCGCAGCACUUCCUGUUCCAGCGGAACAAGCCGGUGGAUUAUUUCAUCCUGGUGCUGCAGGGUCGGGUCGAGGUGGAGUUUGGGAAGGAGGCUCUAAAGUUUGAGAACGGAGCGUUUUCUUAUUUUGGAGUUCCUGCCAUCAUGCCAGCAGUCCACAGAUCCCCGUCCCGCAGCAGCGGCCUGGACCGCUCUGAGUCCAUGCUGUACGGAGGAAGUAUGGGACAGCUGAACGGAGGGGGGAACGUCUACCUGCCGGACUACUCAGUCAGACAGCUAACACACCUACAGAUCAUCAAGAUCACACGGAGCCACUACCAGAACGCCGUCACAGCCACACGGAUGGACAGCUCCCCUCAGACGCCGGACGCCGACGCCCGUCUGACAGAAGGGAACACCCUGUCCCCGGAGCCCCCGACCACAGAGCAGUCAGCCACUCUGAUGCCCCCGCAGCACACCACCACCACCACCACCACCUUAAUGCCCCCACCCAGAGAGCUGGGCCGGCCCGGAUCGGCCCGGACCAGAGGACAGCAGUCCAGCGUCCCUCACAGCACGUCGCUGCUGAACGAGAAGAACCGCAUCGUCCGCAGUAAGUCUGAUGGCCAGAAGAGUCCGAGCGAUUCAGUGUUUCUCAGGAUGGAUGAGAUCCCGUACAUCAGAGAGGACCGAGCGGAGGCCGAGCCGAACCCCGACACGGCCUCUGUUCCCAUAGAAACGGACACCUCGCCUUUCAUCAGCAGCCUGUCGCUGAGCGGCUCAGAGGACACGCUGGGCAAGAAACUCCUGCUCAAACUCAGUCAUAAGAAGAGGAAAAAGUCCCGGGAAGGAGAGAAAACUCCAGAGGACAUUUCAGAGCAGCCGCUGGUGAAAACCUAGCAGUGAGAGUGUGUUUGACACACAGCUGAACCCUCCAUCAUCUGAUGGUUCUUACUGACCAUGUGGAUGCUAAACUCUCAGAGUUUUAUCUGAAACACACUCCACACACCCCCCCUCUUAAUGUGGACCAUCACUGGGAUUGAAGACAACAUGUGGAUGGAACAAACCAUUCUUUAAACCACGGGGGGGUGCAGCUUUUGGCAAUAUGCAUUUAACGGUAGCUUCUCAU